AAAAUCACACCUUUCUCACACUUUUCUGAGUGCUCUGUUAUCAGUGAAUCACUGUGCUCUCGUGAACCCCAAAGCCUCUCACUGCUCCUUUGACUCAUUUAAUCCUCUCUCCCUCUCUUACUCACUCAAUUUUCUCUUUCUCAACCGAACGAAUUUGCAUUUCUGGAUUUCUGGACGCUGAUUUCCAUUUCCCUCCGGCGUUCGUCGCGCGGUGAAUCGUCGAUCGACAGUUGGACCAAGAGCAGAUACUCAUGGGAAGUUCGGUAGAGCAUAGUUCUGGUGAAGAUACCGAAGUUAGCGACUCUGAGACUGAGGAGUACUCAGAGAAGGCAUAUGAAGAACUGAAGAAUGGUAAGCACCUGGUUAAAUUAGCUGAUCAGGUUUACAAUUGCCCGUUCUGCCCUACGAAGAAAAGAAAGGACUUCCAGUAUAAAGAACUCUUGCAGCAUGCAACUUCAAUUGGCAGUUGCAGUUCACAGAAAAGGACUGGAAAAGACAAGGCAAACCACCUUGCCCUAUCUAAGUACUUGGAAAGUGAUUCUGUAGCUGGCCCUUCAAAGCCUUCAGAUGAAGUUGAUGCUCUUGCAGACCAGGAUCGUGAUGAGAUGUUUGUCUGGCCAUGGAUUGGCAUCGUUGUCAACAUCCCAACCAGCGUUCAGAAUGGUCGUUAUGUGGGGGCGAGUGGUAGUAAAUUGCGGGAUGAGUUGGCAAGUAAAGGAUUUAAUCCAACUAGGGUGCGACCUUUGUGGAAUUACCAAGGCCAUUCUGGAACUGCAAUUGUUGAAUUUCGUAAGGACUGGUCUGGAUUUACCAACGCCAUGUCUUUUGAGAAAUAUUAUGAGGCUAAACAUCAUGGGAAGAGGAAUUGGCUGGUAAAGAACGAAAAGAAAUCUGAUCUUUAUGCAUGGGUAGCUCGUGGAGAUGAUUACAACUCCAAUAACAUUGUUGGAGAAAAUCUGCGUAAGAUAGGUGACAUUAGAACCAUAUCUGAUCUAAUGGAAGAAGAAGCCCGAAAGACAAACAAGCUUGUAGGCAAUUUAACAAAUGUUAUUGAGGCAAAGAAAAUGCACUUGAUAGAGAUGGAGAGUAAAUACAAGGAGACUGAAAGCUCUCUAAGCCAGCUGAUCAAGGAAAAGGAUAAUCUUCAUCAAGAGUAUAAUGAAGAGAUUAAAAAGAUCGAGUCAAGUGCCAGAGACCAUUUUAAGAGGAUAUUUGGUGACCAUGAAAAGCUAAAAUUCCAACUGGAAACCCAAAAGAGAGAUCUUGAGCUCCGAGGUCAAGAACUAAUGAAACGCGAGACACACAAUGAAAUUGAGAGAAAAAAGCUAUCCGAGGAUCUUGAACAGAAUGCAGUGAAAAAUUGCUCCCUGCAAGCUGCUGCUGAGGAACAAAGAAAGGCUGAUGAAAAAGUAAUGAGGUUGGCAGACGAACAGAAGAAACAAAAGGAGGAGCUUCAUAAGAAAAUCAUUAUGUUGGAGAAACAAUUGGAUGCAAAACAAGCAGUACAACUUGAAAUUGAGCAGCUGAGAGGCAAAGUGAAUGUUAUGAAGCACAUGGGAGAUGAAGGUGAUUUAGAAGUGUUAAAUCAAGUUGACUUGCUGCUCAAAGCCUUAAGGGAGAAGGAAGGAGACCUUGAGAGUCUGGAAGAUUUAAACCAAUCUUUAAUCAUACAAGAGCGCAAGAGUAAUGAUGAGCUACAGGAUGCUCGGAAGGAAAUGGUUAAUGGCUUGAAAGACAUGUCAAUAAAUUCUCAUAUUGGCGUGAAGAGGAUGGGGGAACUUGAUAACAAGCCAUUUCAUGAUGCAAUGAAGAGGAAGUAUAAUGAAGCUGAGGCAGAUGAGAGGGCCUCAGAAUUGUGCUCCCUGUGGGAGGAGUAUCUUAGAGAUCCUGGAUGGCAUCCUUUAAAGGUGGUCAUCACUAAUGGCAAGGAACAGACUAUGAUAAAGGAAGAUGAUGAGAAACUGAUAGACCUGAAGAAGAACUAUGGUACAGCAGUCUACAAUGCUGUGACGGCAGCUCUCAUCGAGAUAAAUGAAUACAACCCGAGUGGGACUUACAUUACUUCUGAACUGUGGAACUAUAACGAGGGUAGGAGGGCCACCCUCAAGGAAGGAGUCGCGCUGCUGCUGAAGCAGUGGAAGUUCCAUAAGAAAAAGAGAGGGAUGGAUUAAAGGGCAGAGCCGUCGGUAAGUUGUUGUAGUAUAAACCUUCCUAUGGAAAUAAUUGAAUUAUGAUUGUGGACACCUUAGUAAUCGUCAUCUACUAUUUAGGCGUUACAUUUUAAGCUCUCUGCUGCUCGCGAAUCCCAUUUUCUCCACAUCAUUAUUCAUCCCUUCACUUUUAUCAAAUUUAUGUGUUCAAACCUCUAUAAUUCUAGCUUUGAUUAUUUUUACUCAAGGAACACUUUUAGUUGGAUCU